GUCUCUUUUCCACGGUGGCACAUAAUAACACGGUUGCACAUUCUAUUGAUUCUAAUGAACAAAUAAAAUUUUCUGCUCCUAUUAUGCGAGUUGUUUUGAGCUAUUACUUGUUCACUUCCCCCGUGAAGUUUAAAUCAUUACCGGCAAAAACUUUUGACGAGUUUUUGUUGAGAACUAUCGAGCGCAUGAGCCCAUCUAUAUUGUCUGAAUCGUUUGGAAAAGGUGCCAAAUCUGGUCCUAAUUCGCAUUUAUAUGAGAGAAGUUGGCAAAUGGAAUGGUAUCGUACUGCUACAACUGCAGUUCCAGAGAAUACAUCGAUAAGCGCAGACGUUGGUCCUGUGUUUGGCUCAGUUGGUUUUCUGGAUUUCUAUGUUAAUGGAGAAUUAUGCUGGGGAAUUGAGCUAACUCGUGAGGGUGAUCGUCUAAAGAAGCAUGCAGAACGAUUUGAACAAGAUGGUGAAUACGCCAAUAUUCCAUUGAAAGAUUGGGCCAUUAUUGAUUUCCGACAUCAUACAAAACAAAUAAUAUCAAAAAAAGAUAAUUGGCUUGAGUCAUUGAAAGAACUCAGAGAAGAACCAGAAGAUCUGGAAGAAGAACCAGAAGAUCUUUGGGGAGAAUUAGACAAAGGUAUAGAUAGGUUAGCAAAUUGUUCAGAUAUUAAUGGUGUUGCAGAACCUGUUUUAGUUAAAUGA